CCUGCGACAACCCGGGCGGCGGCAGUUUGUUUUGGUUGCUGAAUGGGAAUCUCACCCGUGCAUUUUGAAUUUGAAACAGCCUAAGUUGAUUUGACAUGAUUCACGAGCUCUUACUGGCGCUGAGUGGAUACCCGGGGACGAUUUUUACAUGGAACAAACGGACGGGUUUACAGGUGUCCCAGGACCUGCCCUUCCUCCACCCAAGUGAGACCAGUGUCCUCAACAGACUCUGUAAACUGGGCUCAGAUUAUAUACGCUUUACAGAAUUUAUAGAACAACACACUGGCCAUGUGCAUCCACAAGAGCAUCACACAAGCCAGCCCAGCCAGACUGGGCUUCAUGGAAUUUACCUGCGAGCUUUCUGCACAGGACUGGACUCCAUGCUGCAGCCCUACAGACAGGCCCUGCUGGACCUCGAACAGGAGUUCCUAGGAGAUCCACAUCUGACAAUAUCCCAUGUAAAUUAUAAGCUUGAUCAGUUCCAGCUGCUGUUUCCAUCUGUGAUGGUGGUGGUAGAGACUAUAAAAUCACAGAAGAUCCAUGGCUGCCAGAUCUUGGAGACAGUGUAUAAGCACAGCUGUGGGGGGCUACCUCCAGUACGCAUGGCCUUGGAAAAGAUUUUGGCAGUGUGCCACGGUGUGAUGUACAAACAGCUGGCAGCUUGGAUGUUGCACGGACUGCUGCUGGACCAAAGUGAGGAGUUUUUCGUGAAGCAGGGUCCCAGUGCAGGAGGAGCUGCUGCCAACCAAGAGGAGGAAGAAGAAGACCUGGGACUUGGAGGCUUGAGUGGGAAACAACUCAGAGAAUUACAGGACCUAAGGCUGAUCGAGGAGGAGAACAUGCUGGCUCCGUCUCUCCAGCAGUUCUCCCUGCGUGCAGAGAUGCUGCCUUCUUACAUUCCCAUCCGAGUGGCCGAGAAGAUCCUCUUUGUGGGAGAGUCUGUCCAGAUGUUUGAAAACCACAACCACAGCCCAUCUAGAGCUGGCUCUAUACUGAAACACCAGGAGGACAUGUUUGCUGCUGAGCUGCACCGACUCAAACAGCAGCCUCUUUUCAGCCUGGUGGAUUUUGAGAAUUUGAUCGAUCGCAUCAGGAGCACGGUGGCAGAGCACCUCUGGACAUUAAUGGUGGAAGAGGCAGAUCUGCUUGAACAACUCAAGAUCAUAAAGGACUUUUACUUGCUGGGUCGUGGAGAGCUCUACCAGGUUUUUAUUGACCUUGCGCAGCACAUGCUGAAGACUCCCCCGACGGCCGUUACUGAGCACGAUGUAAACGUAGCGUUCCAGCAGGCAGCUCACAAGGUGCUACUGGACGAUGAUAACCUCCUGCCUCUGCUGCACCUCACCGUAGACUACCAAGGCAAAGAUAGCAAAGAGGCGUCAGGCCCCAGAGAUGGAGCCACUCCUCCACAAGACACUUCUCCUCGCGAGGUUCCUCCCACAGGUUGGGCGGCCCUCGGCCUCGCCUACAAGGUCCAGUGGCCUCUGCACAUCCUCUUUACUCCUGCUGUUCUGGAGAAAUACAAUGUUGUGUUUCGAUACCUGCUGAGUGUGCGGCGGGUGCAGUCACAGCUGCAGCACUGCUGGGCUCUCCAGAUGCAGAGGAAACACCUGAAAUCCAGCCAGACGGACGCUGUGAAGUGGAGGCUGCGCAACCACAUGGCCUUCUUGAUCGACAACUUGCAGUAUUACUUGCAGGUGGAUGUGCUGGAGUCUCAGUUCUCUCAGCUGCUUCAGCAGAUCAACUCCACCAGAGACUUUGAGAGCAUCAGACUGGCCCAUGAUCAUUUCCUCAGUAACCUGCUGGCUCAGUCCUUCAUCCUCCUGAAGCCGGUGUUUCACUGUCUGAAUGAGAUCCUCGAGUUGUGCCACAACUUCUGCUCUUUGGUCAGUCAGACUGUGGCUUCACUGGAUGACCGAGGCGCCGCUCAGCUGGAUCUCCUGGUUAAGGGCUUCAGACGCCAGUCAUCCCUCUUGUUUAAAAUUCUGUCAAGCGUCAGGAACCAUCAGAUAAACUCUGAUCUGGCUCAGCUGUUACUGCGACUAGACUACAACAAAUACUACACCCAAGCUGGAGGCACGCUGGGCAGUGUUUAAGAAGAAACCUGCAGAAGAAACUCCCGUCAGUUUGAUCCUCUGACUUCAUCAAAGUUUGAACAACCAAAUUACAAGUAUCACUUUCUCUUUACACUCUUAUAGUACUGAACAGAGCAGAUAGUUCUGGUUUUAUUUGCAUAGAUGAUCAAAUCAUUGCUUCUGAAACUAAAGUUAGGAAACAAGAAAAGUGGAUGUCACUGUUUGUAGCAGUUGUUUCACUGAAAAAUGGCUAAUCCACAACAGACACCAGUUCAGUGUCCAUCUUCUCAUCUAAUUCUGUGCCAGACUAUACUCGCAUUUUUCAAUAAAGUCUAAACGUUCAAGUAGCUCCUUCUGGGAUAUACUACCAUGGUAACACAUUUUAAGUUAGAUUUUAUCAGAAAUAUCUGCAGUAAUGAACUUGUUUUUUGGUGGGGUUUUUCCAUUUUAAAUCCCAUUUCAAUGCUGUGCUCAUAAUACCAUCAGCUUUCAGUGUAUGGAAAUGGAAGCACAAAUUGCAGAGAUGGAUGUCAACACCUUAAAUGUACGAUGAAGUAUUGCUGGAAUUUCAUGGGGAACUGUUCUUUGUAGUGUGGGUGAUUUGUCCCUUUGACUAUAAAUCUUGUACAAACUGUAAAUAUUAAACGCCUGCUGCGUGUACCAUUUUCUGUGGAGAAAAUA